UGUGGCUAUCGACGACGUCGUGUGCGAACUCGUGUGUGGUCACAUUCAUGGACACAGUCCGCUGACCAUUGGACAGUCACUGCAUCGAUGCUAAUACCAGUGAUCAUUCUCCAAUUUGCCGUCUUCUUCGCAAGUCGACAUGCCUCUUGCCACCAUGAGCCAAAACUCCCAAUCCACUACCAUGAUGCUCAGUGCACUUCACCUCGACGACGAUGCGAUCAACGUCCACACAACGGCCAAGAACGUCGUCCAGCGCGGCCUCUCGCCCUUCACCGUCUACACGUUCACGGUCACAUGCCACCAAACGAGCACGUGGUGGAUCCUUCGGAAGCGCUACUCGCAGAUCUUUGCGCUUCGGUCGACGCUUCUGAAAUGGCGCAAGCAAUGCAACGCGACGCCCGGCAUGGCGCCGCUCGCCGACCUCUUGACGUCCAUGGCGGCGGUCGAGUUUCCCCGUCGUCACAUUUGCUUUGACCACCCGACGAUCAUCCGCGACAGGAAGCGUGAGCUGCAAGGCUUCAUCGCCGCGCUCAUUCGCCUCCGCCAGGCGUGCCACACGCUCGCGCAGCAACCGGGCGCGCCCCGCCGCAAGGCCCAGGACGUUGCCUCGUUGGUGUUGCACUUUCUCGAGAUGCCGGUGGCCGUCGAAGACGAAGAGCACCGGUUGAGCUGCGGCCGCCAGCUGCAGUCGCACACGGCACCGACAGACGAUGCGUGCCCGAUCUGCAUGUGCGAGUUUGACGAGCUCUCGAACGACGACACGGUCCUCGAACUCACGUGCGGCCACACGUUCCACGAGUCGUGCCUCGUGCACUGGCUGGACAAGAAGAUGACGUGCCCGCUCUGCCGCUGCGAGGCUGUCGGUGGCUUCAUUGCCGCGUAGCCAACGAGUCCGAUUAAUUUAUGAUUUUUUAAAUCCAUGGCGCAUGGUGCUUGUUUAUGUUGUCAAAGAAGCAACCUCGAGCGUCACGCGAGGCA